GUGCGCAGCCACUCGCUGUUUCCCUCUGAUUCGGUAGAGAGCUUCUAGCUAGAAUGCCUGAGCCAGCCAAGUCCGCUCCUGCGCCCAAGAAGGGCUCCAAGAAGGCCAUCACUAAGACGCAGAAGAAGGGCGACAAGAAGCGCAAGAAGAGCCGCAAGGAGAGCUACUCCAUCUACGUCUACAAGGUCCUCAAGCAGGUCCACCCGGACACCGGCAUCUCCUCCAAGGCCAUGAGCAUCAUGAACUCCUUCGUCAACGACAUCUUCGAGCGCAUCGCCGCCGAGGCCUCCCGCCUCGCCCAUUACAACAAGCGCUCCACCAUCACCUCCCGGGAGAUCCAGACCGCCGUCAGGCUCCUCCUGCCCGGAGAGCUGGCCAAGCACGCCGUCUCCGAGGGCACCAAGGCCGUCACCAAGUACACCAGCUCCAAGUAGAUGGUUGUUGACUUGCCUUCAUUUCUUGCAGUUUAGGAUCAGCAAAAAAAACAAAGGCUCUUUUAAGAGCCAC